AUGAAUGGACACUUCGCCUCGGUCGGCGAGGAGCCGACCCCGGCCCAGUAUGAACACGGCGUCCAAGUCAUCGACGAGGACAAGGUCUUCAACACAAAGAUCAGCUCCUACCUCCAAGCUACCGACGUCGCAGAUGCUGGCUUCAACUACCACCUCAUAUCCGUCUUCGGAUCACAGUCCACUGGCAAGUCCACCUUGCUGAACAACCUCUUUGGCACCGAGUUCAAUGUCAUGUCCGAGUCGGAACGUCGACAGACUACAAAAGGAAUAUGGAUGUCAAAGAACAGAAAGGGGCCCAUGGCCGACAACAUUCUCGUCAUGGACGUUGAGGGUACCGAUGGUCGCGAGCGCGGUGAAGAUCAGGAUUUUGAGAGAAAGAGUGCACUCUUCGCAUUGGCUACCAGUGAAGUCCUGAUUGUGAACAUUUGGGAGCACCAGGUUGGCUUGUACCAAGGUGCCAACAUGGGUCUCUUGAAGACUGUGUUCGAGGUCAACCUGCAGCUUUUCCUCAAGGACAAGCAAUCUACUCCACGAUCCCUCCUCUUUUUCGUAAUCCGAGACCAUAUUGGCAACACACCCCUGGCUAAUCUCCAAAAUACCUUGCUGGCCGAUCUAUCCAAGCUUUGGAGUUCCAUCUCCAAGCCUCAGGGACUCGAGAACUCGCGCAUUGAGGACUAUUUUGAUUUUGCCUUCUCGGCUUUACCACACAAGAUCUUGCAACCUGAGCAGUUCGUGGCUGAGACAAACAAGCUGGGACAAAGAUUUGUCGCCGCUAGCCGUAGCAGUAAGACCACUGCCCAGCACGGCGAACAAGAACUCGAUGGUGGCGUGUUUCUGCCCGAAUACCACCGAAGAAUCCCUGCCGAUGGUUUCUCGGUGUAUGCCGAAGGUAUUUGGGACCAGAUUGUCAACAACAAGGACCUCGAUCUUCCCACGCAGCAAGAGCUUCUGGCACAAUUCCGAUGCGAUGAGAUUUCCAGAGAAUCCCUUCUGGCCUUUGAUGAAGUCAUCCUUCCGUUGGAGGAGAAGCAGGCCGAGGCUGCUCGCGCAGGAAAGCCCUUUGUCUUGCCAGACCUAGGCAAGGCUGGAAGCGCAGCAAGAGAGAAGUGCUUGAAAACAUUUGAGAUCUCGGCCGGGCGAUAUCACAAGGGUGUUUACAAGCGAAAGCACCAGGAGCUUGAGACCAAGCUUGACCAGCGCUUGAAGACCCUCUAUCAGGGCCAGAUUUCGGCUAUUCACAAAUCCGGAGUCGCUUCUUUCAGCGAUGCUGUAUCUAGUGCUGUCAAGGCUGGACAAAAGUCUGGAGGAGCAUACGAGUUCGCCGAGAUUGUUGAGACGGAAAAGACCAAGACUUUGGACUUUUUCAAGAAUGAAGCACAGAGUCUGGCCAUUCAAGGCGUACCCUGGACUAACUUUAAGCCUCAAUACCUCUUGUUCGAGAAAGAAUUGGAUGAGGUAAGCGCCAAGCUCAGAAAGGAGGAGAUGCGCAGACUUGCCACCAGGGUAGAACGUUGGGUCAAAUCUCGCCUCGGCGAUGCAGUUGGUCUCGAGUUCAACAAGCUUGGCUCUGGACGGGCAGGUGCUGGUGCGCCGGAGACGGGCGAGAAGCCGGUAACUGAGAAGGACCUGUGGGAUCGUAUCUGGACUGUCUUUGUCUCAAUCGUCAAGGAAGCCGAGACCCGUUUCGCCGAGAGGGCAAAGAGCUUCGAGGCUAGCCAGGGCGAGGUUGAUGUUGGCCUGUGGCGCUUGCGACGCAAGAGUUGGGUCGCCCUCCGAGAAAGGAUUGAGGAGGAGGUCAUGGAGGGAAACAUCCUUUUGAAGCUUCGUGAGAACUUUGAGGACAAGUUCCGUUACGACGAGGCCGGCGUUCCUCGCAUUUGGCGCCCUACAGACGACAUCGAGGGCAUCUAUACGAAGGCCCGGGAGUCUACUCUGGCCCUUAUCCCUUUGCUGUCCAGGUUCAGACUUUCGGCAACCUACGGACCUCCCGACCUGCCCGAGUUCAUCGGACACCUGCCUCCGGGAGCCGAGACCCAAGACGAGGACGAUUUGCACCCAAUCGGUGGAGUCGAUGAGGAAGACGGCAAGAGCUUGGAGGAGGAGAUGACAGUCUUGAGUGAAAGCAAGCGCCAGGACCUCGUCGUCAGAUUCAAAAAGACAGCAGAUGGUGUCUAUGUCGAAGCUAAGCGUAGUGCGAUUGGCGGCGUUGCACAAGUGCCACUGUAUUUCUACGGGAUACUCUUGGCACUUGGCUGGAACGAGCUGGUGACAGUUCUCCGCAACCCAAUGCUCUUCUUGUUGCUUAUCAUCCUUGCUGGGGGCACGUAUGUGGCCUACACUCUGAACUUGCUUGGACCAAUGAUGCAGAUGAGCAACGCUGCUUGGGGCCAAGGUAUUGAAAUUGGCAAGCAGAAACUUCGCGAAUUCCUUGAAAACAACGAGACAGCUCGUGCAGCUAUUGCUAUGCCGGCACGCCGCGACACUGAUUCCAUAAGCCUGGACACGCUCGAUAGCCGUGGCAGAAAGGCUGAGCGAACGACAACUGGCGGAAGCGUCGCGGACGAUGAUGACGAUAUUUGA